CAUGUGAUCAAACAUUUAAGAUGGUGGAUGCUGCCGGGUGUCAACUACGACGCUGCUCGAAAAUGAGUUCUAUCGUAUUGUAUGCUUUGCUUUUUUUCACCUUGUCGGUGACAGUCUCACAGUCAAAACAGCCGAACAUAGUUUUUGUGCUUACAGAUGAUCAGGAUGUGGCUCUGUUCGGUUACAGCCCCAUGCCAAAGGCAAAAGCACUCAUUGGAGAUGUUGGAAAGACUUUCACAAACAUGUUUGUGUCCAGCCCUCUCUGCUGCCCCAGUAGGUCGAGCAUUCUUACUGGUAAAUAUGUGCACAACCACUUAGCCUCCAACAACAGCCUGACUGGGAACUGUAGCAGUCCUUCCUGGCAAAAAGGACCUGAGCAGGAAGCUUUCCCAGUCUACUUGAAAAAAAGUGGCUACAAGACUUUCUUUUCUGGAAAGUAUUUGAAUCAGUAUGGCCAACCAGGAGCUGGGGGUGUGGAACACAUUCCUCCUGGCUGGGAUGACUGGCAUGGUUUGGUUGGCAAUUCAAGGUACUACAAUUAUUCACUGUCUGUGAAUGGAAAAGAGGAAAAGCACGGAGAUGACUAUAAGUCAGACUAUCUCACUGAUAUCAUUCACCGGCGAGCUUUGGACUUUUUGAACAAGCAGAAUGGUGACAGUCCAUUUUUCCUCAUGCUGUCCACCCCUGCGUGCCACGAACCGUUUGACUCAGCUCCUCAGUUUUUGAAAAACUUCACUGGUGAUAAGGCUCCCAGGACCAAACACUUCAACAUCCAUGGCACAGACAAGCAUUGGCUGAUUGAGCAGACAAUUACACCGAUGCCCAAUGACACCAUCACUAUGAUUGAUGACUACUUUAGGAGCAGAUGGCGCACUCUUUUGUCUGUGGAUGACAUGAUUGAAGGAGUGGUGAACAAACUGAAGGCUAUGGGUGAGCUGGACAACACUUACAUCUUCUUCAGUUCAGACAAUGGCUAUCAUUUAGGUCAGUUUUCUUUGCCUUAUGACAAACGACAACUGUAUGACUUUGACAUCAGGGUGCCUUUGAUGGUGCGAGGACCCAAUAUAACAGCAAACUCCACAAGCCAGGAGACAGUCGUGUCUAUAGACUUGGCCCCAACUUUUCUGGAAAUAGGGCAGACUGGUCAGUCUCCUUCAGGUUUUGAUGGAAUGUCCAUCCUCAAAAUCUUGGAGACUGAAACUUCCGGCCUGACAGUAGGGAUGGAGGAUCUAACUCCCAGCUUCAGGCUUAGUGCUGGCCUCAAACAUGAGGCCCCACCACACACAACCAGUGCAGCCGAAGAAACCAAUGACUUUAGUUUCCGUAAUUCUUUCUUAAUCGAAUACUUUGGAGAACAUAUGAUCUCAGUUUUUGGAUGCCCUCAAUACAAAAAUGAAGGAAUGUAUAACUGUGAUGCCCACUGUGUUUGUGAAGAUGCCUGGAACAAUACAUAUGGAUGCAUUCGCUAUGAGACUCAAAAAGAAAGCUACAAGUACUGUGCCCUGCAGGACCAUGCUAAUUUUGUGGAAGUUUAUGACAUGAAAAACGACCCAUAUGAAUUGAAGAACAUUGCCAAGACUGCUCCUCCUGAGCUACUGACCAAACUCAGCGAAGAACUUGCAAACCUGUCCCUCUGCUCAGGUGCUACUUGUCACAAGAAGAUGCGAAGUCUGGAAGGGUUGAACUGAUAUCAGCGAAACAGAUGUUGGUUUAUUGCUGUGCUGUAUGGGCGCUUUGUGCUUUAUCAUGAUUCAAUGAGUGUUAAAAUGAAGUUUGUGUGAGUGUGUCUUCCAUAAUAUUUUUUCAGCAACCGUGUCAUUGCAUAAUUUUUAUUUCUUCUUGUCUUCUUUUUGAUUCGUGGACACUUUUGAAUUGUUAUUCAUUUCUUAUGUGGAAUGCACAUUUAAACUAUGUAUCUACAGUUUAGCAUGCUCAUAGCAAAAUCUGCGGGAUGUGGAAAUGUUUUCCGUUUUGAACUAAUUUUGCCGUGUAUGUGUUUCAGAUACAAAGAAAAACUUGUAUAUGAAAAAAUUCUGGACCUGAAAGAUCUGUGUGUUAUGCGCGUGCUAGAUUGUAUUUUCAUGGUCUUCAUAACAAUUGUCGUUGUUUUAUUUUGUUAUCUUUUCUUUAUCUAGACUCAGAGUACCGUGUGAGAUUUGCCUUCCAUCUUUUAAAUCUAUGUACUCGUGUGUCAAUAUGAAAUCCUGAGUACUUUAUAAUCAAAAUAAUAGCACUCUUGAAUAAGCUAUGAGGGGUCUGUUGGUUGUUUCCUUAGAUAUGAUCGAUUUGGCCCAAUUGUGAGAGUUCAGAAUUGCAUAAGAAGAAUCCAUUUCCAGUGAUAGUCUCAUUUUUCUUAUGGUGUCUGGUAUAGAUCAUAUGAUUGGCAUUUCAUUUUCUCUAAUUUUUUACUGCAUUUUGAGGGGGUUUUGUUUUAAAUCUUUUUAACAUUUUAUGGGUUUUGGCUUGUUUUGUACCUAAAGAGCGUGGUUAAAGAAAAAAUCUUCCAAUAAAUACCUACGGUCAAUACAAUAAAUGUUAUAUAUCAAGGGAAAGGGGGUUGAGUAUACUUUGAUUUGAGACGAUAACUAUAUAUGUGUAUGAUGUCUCAUUUACAUAUGUAAUCUACUUACUGUGCGACUGAAAAUAGAAAAAAUGGCUUUUCUGAUCUUUACACAUGCAAAGAAGAAAAAAGAAUUUUUUACAAUGAAAUUGACUUCAUUUCUAAUUUAUAUCAAGGAGCAUUCAAUUUAACAAAGUAGGCUAUACCAAAAAAUAAAUUUUGUAAUUUUAAGCCAAUUGGUUGGAAGGGAUGUUAGCCACAUUAGUAUCAUGUCCUGAAAUGCAAACAAAGUCACAUUACAUAAAAAUUGAUGACUGUGGUAUAUUACCUCAAAGAAAUAUUGGGUUGAUAUGUAAUAUUUUAAAUAUAAAUCAUGCAUUCCACUCAACUCAUUUGCAACUUAUUAUUUUUAGAUUGCAGAAUUGCUGUAAAUAGAGUUUUUCACUAACAUUGCUAAAAGAGCCUCCCUUUGGCUCCCAAAUAUGUCCAUGUCUAUAGAUAAUGUACAUGAAUUCUUAGUUCAUGGAUUGACCUUUGUUUAAAAGGAAAAAAAUUAUAGAUGGCGGCAGAUGGGAGUGAUUUGUGUAAAAUGUAACACCCUUUUAAGUAUGUAGAAAUAAUUUUAUUCUUCCUAAUUUGUCAUGAAUAAUUUACGAGAGUCAAGUGUACUCAAUACGUCGAAGCACCAAACUGGAUAGAUUUGAUAAGAUAUAAAAUUUAUAGCCUUCCAAAACCAUACAUUUUUGUUUUAUCUUUCUUAAAGGUAAAAAAAAUUAUUAUUUUUUGUUGUUGAAAUGAAUUUUUCUAUGCAGUAUGGCAAUGCUCGGAAAAGGUGUUACAUGCAAUGUUUUUUAUCGUUGCAGCCUAAUGUUGGCCUUGUAUCACGACUAUCUUGUUGCCAAAAGCAGGUCAAGAAUACCAAAGAUAAGUUUUCAGAACAUUAGUAGCACAUAGUAUCACUGGAGUUAUGUGGAGAUACAGUUUUGUCUUCUACUUCAAGGGAUUUUUUUACACUUUAUUAAUUUUGGUGCUACGUUGGAUUGAAGUUAAAAAUACAUUUAACGACAAGUUAUCAAUUAUUUGUUUUGUAUUCAUGUAAGUCUGUUUCAACAGUCUUUUAUUUCGAGCUGUUGUUACAAAGGUUUUAUAACUUAAUCAGGUAUCGUACACAGCUGCCCUUUGUGUGCCAUUGUACAAAAUGGUAAUAAAAUCCCAGUCUGUUUUUUAUGGCAUCUUUUCAUGCUUCAAUCAUGGUUAUUGGGUGCACAGAGUUGUAUGUUAACCUAUGUAACAUAAAAAUUGACGUUUUUAUACUCCUAAUCAAAGUAAUUCAUCUUUUUUUCCUUUUCAAAGAUUGUAAUAUGGGUCAUGGCUGCUGUUUUCAAUUGUUUGACUUGUGUAACAUAAAUCAACAUAUUGUUUCAUAAGGCAUAGGUAUAACAUACAAGUCAUGGUCUUCGGUCCGUCAUAGUACGUGAAAUAGGCACAUGUGUAAGCAUCAGCUUUAUAUCAUGGCCAGCUGUUCUCUCGCUCUACUGUAAGGUCUGGGUAAAAUUUCUUUGACAGAUAUGCCUGUGCCCCCUCCCUGUGACUUAGUAUUUGAUCUGUUGCUCACUCAAACUUUAUCAAAUAUGAAGCAUGUUUCCUUGGGCAUUAUGCUUUUGAUAUCACUCACAAGGUAUUGAUAAAUAUUUGAUCAUAUUCAUGAUUUAUACAUGAACUGUUGAAGUUGUAAACACCUAUCUGUAUUGUAUUGUAAGAGUGAAUUGUUUGGGAUUUCUUUUUUUGUGUGUGUGUGUUGCCAAACCAGUAAAGUUUGAUGUCGUUCAAUAUUUGACCUUUUGUCCUACAGAUUUAUGUGUGAAUUAAUUAUGUUGGCCUCUAAUACAGCUGCUUUCUGUUUGCAUUUAAAACGUAAGACAUUUCUGAUCUUUUGUGGUUUUUUCUUGGAGACCUCAAUCCUCAAUGUAUUCAACAGUAUUAAUAAUUAUGAUAAUUACGAUCUUUCCAGUGCUUUCCUUUUGUUUCAAAUCACUUUGACUUUUGUCUUUUUAUUCUUACAUUGUUUCAAUGUUUGGAACCUUUUAGUAUAAAGUCUUGUGAUUGAUAUGGAAUUUGUACUCUGUGUUAGGUACUUUCCUGGGGUUUGUUUGGGGUUUCCUUUUGGCUGUGACAUUUCGUAUAAUGAGAAGUGAGUGCAUAUUUCUUAAGUUUUUCAAAAUUAUAAUUGUUUGAAAAAAUUGCAUACCAAAAGUGUUGAUACCUGUCUGCUUUUUGUGCAUGCGUUCACAUAUUAUAUAAUCCUAAUGGACCUGACCGUGUGUUACCUUCCCCGUGAUCUAGCAUAAGACCUAAAGGAACUCAGCCCAGAUGCAUAGGUCCUGUAGGCUCAGAAGACCAGUUCUCUCAGGAAUAUGGACAUCUAUGUAGUCAGUGUUUUGUCAAAUUGGAAUGUUUCUGUGAUAAUGUUUUGCGAUAACUUGUUUGUGUUUUGCACCUUAACCUAUUUGUCUUCAUGAAGAAACAGCUAUUUUAGUGGUCUUUCUUUUGGGAUUAGACUUUGGCAAGAAUGUUAAUUUUCUCCCUGAAUAUGGUUUUGUGAUACAAAGUUAAAAACUAUUUCUUUUUUCCUAGUCACAAUAAAUCACAGAGAUGAAUAUAUUUGUAACCAAACUAGUUAUGAAAGAUACAAGUAUGGAUCCUCUUGGCCCUCUAAUUUGAUACUCACUUUUAUUUUACUCCUUGCAAAGUCUCCCAAAAUAACUUCUACCAGGAAACUGAGCCUACAAUUUGCACCAGGGUCAUCCACUUCAUAAUCCAGCAUAAUGUGUUAUUCUGUAAUGCUGGUUUAAUUUUUAAAUCUAAGUGAGUUUCAAACGGAACAGGGUUAAAAGUGUAUAAUCAAAUUUUUCUUGCAACAGCGAUAUGAAAGGAGUUCUUAAGCUUAAAGCAUUUAGGUUGUCAAGUCUUGUGUGAAAAGAUUGUUUUUAUUUUUCAAUCAAUCAAUAUUUGAAGUUUGAUUAGAGAGUUCUGAAAAAUUGCUUUUCAUUUUGUUGAUGCUAAUUCAUUGUUGAUUUAAUGAAAGGCCCCAGUAAAAUAGGCAGAAUAAAAGUUUUUGACUUUUAAGCUUUUA